AGAAAAGAGAAUACUGCUUAAAUUCGCAUUACCAAUAAAAAAAAGUCAAUUAGUGUGAUUUAGAUCGAAAUUGGCACCCCUUUUUCCUGUCCAUUUUCAUCUCACGCAAAAAAAAAUUUCUUUUUCCUCUAAAAAUGAUGAAAAGAGAUCGUUGAAAAGGGGACUUUUUGUUGUUGUUGGAUUUCAAAUCAGUAUCCAAUGUCAUUGCGUAGGCGAACAUUACUCAAAGUGAUCGUCCUUGGCGACAGCGGGGUUGGUAAAACGUCGUUGAUGAACCAAUAUGUACAUAAGAAAUUUAGUCAGCAGUAUAAAGCUACUAUUGGGGCGGAUUUCGUCACGAAGGAGCUUCAAAUAGAUGAUCGUCUUGUCACUCUUCAAAUUUGGGACACUGCUGGCCAAGAGAGAUUUCAAAGUCUUGGAAUUGCAUUCUAUCGAGGGGCGGAUUGCUGUGUUUUGGUCUAUGAUGUUAAUGUAAUGAGGUCUUUUGAAACCCUUGACAAUUGGCAUGAAGAGUUUCUCAAGCAGGCAAAUCCACCUGAUCCAAAGUCAUUCCCAUUUAUAUUACUAGGAAACAAGAUUGAUAUAGAUGGUGGCAAUAGCAGAGUGGUUUCUAAUAAAAAGGCAAAGGAAUGGUGUGCAUCAAAAGGGAACAUCCCUUACUUUGAGACAUCAGCCAAAGAAGAUUACAAUGUUGAUCUAGCAUUCUUUUGUAUUGCGAAGGCUGCUUUAGCUAAUGAGCAUGACCAGGACAUAUACUUCCAGGGCAUUGCAGAGACUCUUCCAGAAGCUGAACAACAAGGUGGCUGUGCUUGCUGAUACCGAAUUUUGAACCCGCUGUUAACUGGAUGGGUUAACUUUGUUCCUAGUGAUUCUUGUUUGAGAGUGUUGUUUGUAGGCGCACUUUUGCAAACACUGUAUACUAGUAUGUUUCUUAAGACUGAGUUUGGGAUUGUCCCCCUUUCCAUCUAUUUAUUCUGGAUGUUGUAAUCUUUAGGUUUUUGAUCCUCCUUUGUGAUCUUGAGAGGCUUGUGAUUUGCUUAUUCAAUAUUCGUUAUGCUAUAAAACAUUAUUUGUGCAA